AUGAUUAUCGCGCUUUGCCCCCGUUUGCCUAUCGAGCUAGCACUUGAAGUCUCAAACACCCGCAGCGAGAUCAAGAUGCCUGUCUGGGAGCAGCGCCCAAGCAGGAUACACUUAGUGAUAUUCCUCCUCUCUCGUUUCACAACAGAGGAGCUCGGCAAGACACAAAAGACAAUCCAAGAUGCAAUCCCUUCUAUUAUGGAAAAAGCAGCCUUGGUAUGGGAAGAGGAGGACAUGUGGGAAGAGGAGCACAUGUUGGAAGAGGAACACAUGCGAGACGCUAUGUCCUUUGUCCCCAUAAAUUCUGUGGAGCUGAUUCCACGGGAUCGACACCGUCUCAGGACCCGACGAGACCUUUAG